UUCACUCCCAUGAGUAGUCACUUCCUUCACCCAGUCAGACUGCACAGCUCCAUUCGUGUUGACUGCCCAGAGUCCACGAACACAGCCCUGCACCUCUAGCUACCAACAAGAAUUCCACCUGGCCACACAUACACAGCAAAAGCAACACAGAUCAGCCCUCACAAGCAGCUACAUUCCAGCAGCCUCUCCUGCCUCUGUUGGGACAUGUCGCUUUACAGUUUUGGCCUGGAGCCACUCUCCUGCCACACCUGGAACAAAGACAGGACCCAGAUUGCAGUGAGUCCUAACAACAAUGUGGUAAACAUCUACGAAAAGAACGGCAAAGAAUGGGUCAAGAUCCAUGAGCUGACUGAGCACAGUGGACGAAUCACAGGCAUUGACUGGGCCCCAGAGUCCAACCGCAUUGUAACAUGUGCCUCUGACCGCAAUGCCUACGUGUGGACUCUGAAGGAUGGCGUUUGGAAGCCCACCUUGGUCCUGGUGCGCAUCAACCGGGCAGCCACCUGUGUGAAGUGGUCACCACUGGAGAACAAGUUUGCCCUGGGCAGCGGGGCUCGCCUCAUCUCUGUCUGCUACUUUGAGAAGGAGAACGACUGGUGGCUGAGUAAACACAUCAAGAAACCCAUUUGCUCCACAGUCCUGAGUCUGGAUUGGCAUCCAAACAACAUCCUACUGGCGGCUGGGUCUGCAGACUUCCACUGCAGGGUUUUCUCAGCCUACAUCAAGGACAUCGAGGACAAGCCCGGACCUACUGCCUGGGGGGCCAAAAUGCCUUUUGGGGAGGUGCUGAUGGAACAUAAGGACUGUGGAGGCUGGGUGCACAGUGUCUCCUUCUCCCCUGUGGGAGACCAGCUGGCCUGUGUGGCCCACAACAGCAGCAUCACUGUGGUGGAUGCCGCCCAGGCGAAGGAGGUCACCCAGCUGACUACCGACCAUCUGCCACUUCUGAGUGUGCUCUAUGUCAGCCCCACUGAGCUUGUUGCUGCGGGCCAUGACUGUUGCCCGUACCAGUUCACCUAUAAGGGUCCAGGUGCUCUGGAGUUUGUGAAGAAGCUGGACAUCCCCAAGCAGACCUCUAAGGCCAGCAUGUCAGCCAUGCAACACUUCCGCAACCUGGACAAGAAGGCCACUGAUGAGGAGAGCAAUGAGAUGGGCAACCUGCACCAGAACAGCAUCACGCAGCUGUGUGUUGUAUCUGGGAAGAAAGCCAAAGUGGAGAAGUACAGCAGUGUGGGUCUGGAUGGAGCCAUUGUGAUCUGGGAUUUUAAGCACUGAGACACCACAGAGUGUCAGUCUUUGAGGCGUCAGAGGCUGAAGAGACCAACGCACCCUGCCGCAGCUAAACCUACGGAACUACUGAUGUGCUUUUGAGUAACUGGAAACCAAUGGGAGCCCAUGUGCUUUGCGAAACUUGUCAUUAAAAAAAUUCAUUUGAAUAAAUAAAGAGGAGAUUUACAGGCCAGA